AUGGCAUUAAUGCCGAUUGUUAAAGUAAUUGAUUUAUAUCGUCAUGAAUUAUUUGAUAAUGGUUUUGGUAUUGAAUGGAUGGAUGAUAAUGAUGAUGAACCAAGUAAAACAAUUACAGAAGAAUCAACGAAUGAUCAAGAUUCAACUAAUAAUCAAAAUCAUAUAAAUUCAAAUCGUUCUCGUUCAGUUAUUACAGUUCGAUCGACUGCAAAUAAAACUACAUGUCUUCCAGCACAUAUUUGGAGAUCACUUGCUAAAAUUGUACCCGGUGAUGUUGUUGUUGAAUUAAAUGGUGUUAGUACUGCUGGACAAACAGUUCUUGAAUUUGAAAAAAAUUUAAAAUUAUCUGGUAAUCGCAUUCGAAUUCGAUUAAAAUCAGACAAUAGUGGUUAUACAUCAUCUACUGCCAAUGGUUCAACUUGGUAUUCACCUCCAUCAUAUAUUAAUGAAAAUUCUACGGAUACAAAAUCUUUAACAAACGGACAUUCACAUCAUCGUUCAUCUUUAAAUAAUAAUUCAAUGACAAAUGGUUAUAAUACAUCAACAAAAAGUCGUUCAUGUGAGAAUAGUCUUGAUACAUGUGGUAGAAAAGUAUCUGAUGAAUUAGCUAUAUCAUCAUCAUCAUUAAUUGAGUUACCUACUCCAUUAAUAAUAAGUAAUACUGAUUAUGAUAAUCUUCCUAUUGUUAAUGGUCAUGAUGAAACAAAUGGAGAAACACCAGUAACACAACAACAACAACCGAUAGCAAGAAUAUCAGUACAAUCCCAAUCACCAAUAUUAAGUGGACUUGAUCAAAAAACUAAAGAUGAAAUCGAUGCAAGACUUAGAGAUAUUGAUGAUGAAUUUGAAUUACCAGUUACUGCCGAAACAGUUAAUAAAUCAGUUGAUCUACCAUCAGCAAGACGAUUAGCUAAACGUCUUUAUGCAUUAGAUGGCUUCAAAUCAACUGAUGUCGUAAGACAUCUAUGUAAAAGGAAUGAUUUUAAUCAGUUGGUAGCUGAAGAAUAUGUUAAAUUAUUUGAUUUUCAAGGUGAUACACUUGAUCGUGCAUUAAGAAAAUUUGUUAAACAAUUUACAAUUAUUGGUGAAGCUCAAGAUCGUGAACGUGUUUUACAUUUUUUUGCUGCACGAUAUCUUGAUUGUAAUCCAACAACAUUUACUUCGAUUGACGCUUGUCAUAUGCUCACUUGUGCAAUAAUGUUACUCAAUACUGAUCUCCAUGAUCCAAAAAUUACAAAUAAAAUGACAUUUCAGCAAUUCAGUGAUAAUUUACAUGAAUUAAAUGAUGGAAAAGAUUUUUCAAAAGAUUUACUUAAAUCAUUAUAUAAUGCAAUUAAAAAUGAGCAACUUAUGAAUGAGACAACUCUCGCAUCCGACGAUUAUAAUGACGUUCGCUUAGGUGGUCAUGGAACAUUACAUGGUUACAGCAAUAUCGUUAAUCCAUAUUUAGAAAUUCCCGAUACCAGUAAAAGUAUUGAAUACAUGCAGGGUUAUCUUAUGCGCAAAUGUUGCGUGGAGUCCGACGGCAAACGAACUCCAUUUUUACGUCGUGGUUGGAAAGCAUAUUAUGCUAGUUUACGUGAUAUGAUUCUUUAUUUACAUAAAAAUGAUCAACAACCAACGACAAUAUUAAUUGGUGAUACAAAUGCUAUACGUUUACAUCAUGCAUUUGCUCAAGAAGCAGUUGAUUAUCGUAAAAGACAACAUGUUUUUCGUUUAAAAACAUCUGAUUGGGCGGAAUAUUUAUUUCAAACAACAGAUCGUGAUUUAAUGAAUCAAUGGAUUGAUACAAUUAAUUUAGUGGCAGCAUCAUUUUCAUCACCACCAUUACCAGCAGCUAUUGAUUCUGUUUCCUUACGUUUUCAACGACCACUUUUACCAAGUGUACAAACACGUUAUUCAAUUUUUGAACAAUAUGAUUUUAUUAUACAUCAAAUAAAUGAAUUAACCAAACAACUAAAUGAUCUAAGAAUCCAAUCUUAUGCAAAUAAUACAAUUAAUGGUGAUAUUAAACAAAUAAAAGCAUGUGAUAUGAUUGAAAAUAAAGAUAAAAUUGAUUAUCUUCAAUAUGAAUUACAACGAUAUGAAGCAUAUGCUGAUCGAUUAGGAAGACAUUUUCAACAAUUACAAAUCGAUCAUUCAUCAUUGAAACCAAAUAUAACUGAACAUCAACAACAUCAUAGUUUUAUCGGACCUAUUGAAGCAUUUUCAGGUGUAAAUACUCCUCAACAACCAACAGCAUCUGCUAGUUAUAAAAAGAGUUCUCAAUUAGCAAAUAUAACAUUAGCAAAUGCUAAUCGUUAUAGUUAUAUGAUGGCUGUUAAUACACAUCCUGUAGCCAUAAAAGAACAUCGAUUAUAA